AUGAAUUUCUUUCACUUCCACUCAUUCUUGGUGUUAGUGCCUUUGCUGAUCAUUAUAUCUAUUGAUGCCCUACAUAAAGACGCGCAAUACUUUGAAAGACCAUCUGAGUUCUGGCCAGAAAGAUUCGCAGACAGCGGUAGCAAGUUUGAAAAAGAUCUCUACAUGCCCUUCGGAGCUGGACCCAGGGCCUGCAUUGGAGAAAGAUUAGGUCUGCUCCAGUCGGUAGCAGCAGUGGCGUCUAUUUUGAGCAAAUUCACGUUGUCGCCUUCCAAAAGCACGGUAGAGAAGCCAACCAUCGACAAGAACUCCAUCAUUGCACAGAACAUCCUGGGGGGACUACCACUGUCACUCAAACAUAGGAAUAAGAUAGAUUAGGAUUGUUUUAUAUAUUUUUUAAUACAAUAUUUUCUCGUAAAAAAGUAUCAUGUUAACUUAAGUUAAAGCUGUAAUUAAACUG